AUGGCCGGAAUAGUUGACGACAAGUCUGAACACUGCCUCCCAUUUCUUUUGGAGCAAUUGAAAUUACACGGACAAAGACAUGCACAUGAUUCCAAUCCUCCGCCCUUCUUCGUCGGACUUAAUGGCGUCCAGGGUGCGGGGAAGACAGUUUUGGUCGCCAUACUGCGCUCUACCCUCUCUUCUCCACCAUAUAAUCUCCCAACGAUAGCGUUCUCCCUUGAUGACAUCUAUCUCAACCAUACAGAUCAACUACGCCUGGCUGCCUCGCAUCCUUCAAACCCCCUCCUCCAACACCGUGGCCAGCCCUCCACGCACGAUAUUCCUCUUGGCAAGCGGAUUUUCAGUUCCCUCCGCCAAGGAUUACCCACCAAAAUACCUGCAUAUGAUAAGUCGGCUUUUAAUGGACAGGGUGAUCGAAUUCCGGAAAGCAGGUGGGAGGUCGUCAACGACGUGUCUGCUGGCCAAAGGCCGGUUAAGGUGGUGAUAUUCGAGGGUUGGUGUGUUGGGUUUCGAGCUCGUCCGGAGGAAGAAAUUCGCAAGGUGUGGGAGCAUGCUGUGCAACAGUGUAAACAGGAUUUAGUGGGGUACAGGGGUCGACUGGGAUAUGUUAGGUUUGAAGAUGUAAAGGUGAUCAAUGAUGCGCUGAGGGGCUAUGAUGCUUUUACUGAUCAGCUAGAUGCUUUUAUACACAUUGAUGCUGAGGAUACCCAUUUCGUAUAUGACUGGCGCCAGGAGCAAGAGCAAAACCUGAUUGCGGCGAAGGGGUCGGGAAUGACAGUUGAGCAAGUUAAUAAGUUUGUUGAUGGAUACUAUCCCUCGUACGAACUUUUCACGAAAACCCUUCGCAAAGGGGUAUUCGCACCCAGACAAAAGCCUGGCCAGCUUGAGUCGUCUGAUGAUUCGUGGAGAGAUAGGCAGUUACGGCUGAUUGAUAUUGGGGCCAGAGGGGAAGCAAGGUGCCAACGAGAAACCGGCUCCACUUUCGUCAUUAAUGUGCUGAUUGAAGCUGACCGUGUCAUAAACCUGCGAGACGAGCCGGAAGUCAUCAAUACGCUAUCCGAAAGUGGCUCUGUGCCAUGGCUCACUCUGCCCGGGAAUGAUCCAGUGAAGGAGGAGUAUUAUGCCAUAGAGCAGGAGUGGCCGGAAGAGAGCCUUAUGCGGCGAAAAGCAUAUAUGCCGCUGGUGGAGGAACGCAAGCAGGAGGGGCGCCUUGGGAAAGCCUUUUAG